AUGAAGGAAGGUGAAGGAGCUUCCCCUGACAAGCAGGUGAAGUGUGAGGCCUCGUCUCGCUUCAACCAGUAUUACAGUACCGUGGCAGUCACCCUGGCAUCGCUGGCGAUGGGCACGGCCAUGGGGUACACCUCCCCUGCCGGACCGCUGAUAAUGGGCACGCCGGGGGCGCUGAACCUGUCACAGAACCAAUACGACUGGUUCCUCUCCUCCAUUAAUCUUGGGGCAGCCGCUGGAGGACUGCUGGGCGGCUGGGGCAUCAAUACCCUGGGCAGAAGAGCUACCAUCCUGGUCUCCUGCCCACCCUGCCUAGCUGGCUGGGCGCUCAUAGGGUCGUCCUCGAACUUCGCCAUGCUGCUGGGAGGACGAGUAGUGACUGGAGUGUGUGUCGGGGUGACAAGUGUGGCUGUACCCACCUACAUUGGAGAGAUCGCCUCCCCUCAUAUCAGGGGAGUGUUAGGGAGUGGAGUCCAGCUGAUGUUGUCCGUCGGGGUGGUGGUGGUGUACGGUGCUGGGGCCGCCGUCGGCAGCUGGAGGUGGCUGGCCUUCUGCUGUAGUGUUGUUCCCUUGUUGUGCUUCGCCCUGGUCAUCUUCACCCAUGAGUCUCCGGCCUUCCUCGUCUCCAGGGGCAGGGACCAACACGCAGCAGCCGCUCUACACUACUUCAGAGGAAAACACCACAACAUCAGUGAGGAACUAGAGAAGCUGCAGUCCUUCCAUCAGGAGACUCAGGAGAGAGGCCCAGUCUCCCUGAGGGACCUGUCGGAGCCCAAGAACUACAGACCGUUCAUGAUCUGUCUCUCCCUGUUGCUCUUCUCCCAGUUCUGUGGUAUGACUCCCGUCGUCUUCAACAUGGCCACUGUGUUUAAGGACUCGGGGGUGGCGUUGUCAGCGAAUGUGAGCGCCCAGGUGGUAGGGUGGGUGCAGGUGGUGGGCACAGCGGCCGCCUCCGUCCUCAUGGACAAGGCUGGCAGGAAGGUCUGGCUCCUCGUCUCCACGGCCGGCACGGCGGCCUCCAUUGUUGGUCUAGGAACUUACUUCUACCUGAAGAAGGAAGACAGUGUGUGGACGUCUGAGAAUCUGGACUGGCUGCCACUCGCCUGCCUCGUGGUCUUCAUGGCUGCCUUCUCCCUGGGCUUGGGUCCUGUUCCAUGGGUCACCUUUGGAGAGAUGCUUCCUCAUGAGGUGAAGGCGGUUACUGGCAGUCUGGUCUCUUGUGCCGUCCGUAUAGCAGCCUUCGUCAGCACCAUCACCUUCGUCCCUCUGCAGGCCAGCCUGGGGGAGCCUGGUGUGUACUGGCUCUACGGGGCGGUGUGCCUGCUGGGGCUGGUCUACACUCUCCUGAUGGUGCCGGAGACGAAGGGCAUGACCCUCCACCAGAUCAACAUGCACUUCCACCACCCAGACUCUGUAAACGCCUCGAAGAUGGACCCUGCAAACUGUUCCUCGUCGCAGUUUGCAUCGUAAUUUUUAUAAUGAAAUCUUUUGUAUUUUUGUGUUUGUCGUGUAUAUACGCGAAGGUCCUGUAGCGCAGUGGUCUGCGUCCUCGGCACUCGAACCAUCAGAUGGAUCCGGGUUACAUUUCCAAGCUUGACAGAAACUGUUAGACAUGUUUCCUUUCAUCUGGUACGGCUG